CGGCGCGCCCGUUAUCGGCGGCGGCGGCGGCUUUAUUAUCAUUAUUAUUAUUGUUGUUACUAUAGAGUAUACCCGUACUCGCCGCCGAUUUCGAGCCCGUAGUCCGAUUCGAACGGCUCGUCGGGACGCACGGCGAUUGUAUUGUACGGAAAAAAAAAAAAAAUAAUAUAAAUAUACACAAUAAUAUUAUUUAUCAAAUCUUGUGCGAGCGUGCGGCGUGCGUAAUUUUCGUAUUAUUAUUUCGCGCGUUCGGCUGAAAAUAAUAAAAACCAAGAUUUUCUUGUUUUUUAUUUUUUUUUUUUUUCAUCAUCUAAAACCGAUCUCCACCUCCGUUUCUCGCGCCGACAACGGUUGCGCAUUUUUAAGUAGACCGCGUACGACCGCAAAACUAAUGAUAUUUUUCAAAUAACUCUACAACCGUACACUCGGCUCGUAUCGAUUUUUAUUAUUUUUCUAAACAAAAAAACCCGACAUUAUUUUACCUACAAUCACGGUACAUACGAUCGCGUGUAUCAGAUACCGUCUGCGUGAGCGUCGAUCACUAAAGUACAGGCCACGCCACGACUCGUUUCCGCAAAAUUCAAUUUCAUCCGGGUGGGCACCUGCCUGCGGAUUAUUGUAAACUAGGUAACUAUCAUACAUUUUUUUUUUUUUUUAUUCGGUAUAAUAUUGAACUCUGGCCAAAAAUAGACGGCACAGAGCGUACAAUAUCAGUCGCACGUCCUGCGUAAUUAUCGAACGACGGAAUACUUACAAAACGCUAGAUACAGCGAAAAAGACACGGAUAAUUACGUAAUAAAAACCAUGAAAUAUUUUACUUGAAUAUUUUUAUUUUAAUUUAAUAAUUUUAAGUUUUAAUUAUAGAAAUAGCGUCGAAUGUAUAAGUUUAUUGAAUUAAAUUGGGUUUAAGUUAAAUUGCUUUUGUUUUAUAUUUUCAUCGUCUUGGGAACAGCGUAUACAUUCGGAGAUUAUUAAAUUUAAAUGCAUGGUGGUUGGGUUUCAAAAUUGAUUUGUGGCGGCUGAAGGAGCGUUGAACUUAGGACUAAGGAUAAUGGGGAAUAUUUCAUCCUUGAUCUAUACAGAUGAUGAAAAUUCAAUAUCCAUUGAUGUGUUUUCGUUUUUAUUCAGAAGAAUAUUUUUAAUAUAAUAACAGUUAGUGUCGAUAUUUCUGUGCAAUUGAAUAGGUAUUAUGAAUAUGCAAAAUAUUUACCAAAUAUUAGUAUAAUAUAUUGGUCAAAUAUUGAAAAAUAUGCAUUUACAUCGAAGUACAUGGAAAUACGUAAAGUAUUAUUUUAUUCAGGGUGUUAUGAAACGUGCUUAUUUUUCAAUCGAAAUCGUGAAAUCUGCAUUCAAUAAAACUAUGAAUUUACCUAUACGUACAAUUCCGCGCUCUAUACAUGAGUAUCGGUAAAAUGACGAUAAAAAUGAUUACUUAAAAAAAUCAAUAAUCCACUCGCGACUACCUACCUAGGUGUAACGACCUAAUCUACAUUAUAAUAUUAAACAGACCGUCGACUCGUUAUCAACGUAUAUAGAUAUUUAUAUUUAUGUGAUUCAUUUUGUUUACGAUGCGAUACCGAUUAACCGUCCGUGCACCUACUUUUAAUUUUUUUUUUUUGUUUUAAUACGCAUAUAACAAAAUGUGCCCACCUCACUUUACUAAAUAAACCGUAGUGGAUUAUUUUUUUGUCGGCGAUUUCCCGUUCGACGUUCUCUAAAGGUUCCCCCUUUGGUUGUAAUUUCAAAUCCGAACGUUAGUAACAAUAUUUAACGCUUACUUGUACCGUGUAAAUGCCAGGUUAGGUUGUGUGUCAGAUCAGUGUGCUCGUGGUCAAUUAAUUUUGUAUGUUCCAUACACGAACGGCUUCACUUGACCUAAAUAAUUCUAACACACAGUAUUAUAUUAUUGUAUAGCUAAUGGAUAUAUUAUAUCCUGUGCCUUGAUGAUUCUAUUAAAAACUUGCCGUCGUCAGUAUUCUGAAAUCUGGCAAAAAAAAAACACAUUUAUUUCGAGUACAUAAAAUAUUAUUUGUUACAUUAGAUUCUGAGCGAAUCGAGAAAUGUAUCGGUUUUACUAUAAUGUGUUAUUUUACUAUAUCUGUAAAUAACUUUACUACCAGAAAUCUGGCUCCGAUCAAACACUUCACAGGCAUUUUCUAGUAGCAUUUUUAAUUUAGUCGGUGCGUUUUUAGAAAGAUGUUUUUUUUUAUUUUUAUUGUUUUCUUUGUUACCUCGUUAACAAAAUGGGAAAAAUACGGCCGAUAAUACUCCGGUCAGAGUGGUUUCUCGUUUGCGACGGUUUAUCGUUGCGUACAUCGAUGAAUUAAAUCACUUAAUAAAUCCAGAUAUCGUCCCUCGAACUUUCCUCCUAAAAUAGCGAGUAUACGUUUGCAUUAUCCAUAUUUUUUUUUAAAAAAGAAUGCAGAAUAUCUCUAGGGCCUAGGUAACUAAUUAAUUAAUAAAUAUAUAAAGGUUUUUAAUAUAAUAUUAGUUUACCCUUGCAGUUGUAUAUACAUAUACGUUAUGAUAUCGGAUUCUUUUUUAUAGAUUAAUAAUUAUAAUUGGAAAAUUAUUAUAUUGAAUUAUAUGUUUAUAUACCAUAUAAAUAUAAUAAUUUAAUGAAAGUUAAUGUUUUAGUUUUUUUUUUUUUUUUUUAUGACUAAUUUUCCUUGAAUAAACUGCAGUAUAAUAAUUGAGUAUCCUUCAAGGAUGAAAUACCAUAUGGUUUGAAAUAUACCUAUCUGUGAUGCAGUCGAUACGAAGUAUUAUACUUCCCUAAUAUAAUUUUAUUAGUUUAUAUCUUAUUUAUAAUCCCACACACCUGAUUCACCUAAUUUAAUUUGUCGGUUUUAUAAACUGUUAUAUGAUAUCUGUGAUCUCAAGGAAGAAGUGCUUGUCUAUUUUUGAUAAUUUUUUUAUUUUUAUAAUUUUGUCUAAUGUUAUUUUUCCCCUUUAAUUUUAGGUCUAAAUUGCCUAAGUGUAAUGUAUUUUUAAAAUUAGUGUAUGUCGUGCAUUCAUAGUUAAAAUACAUGUGUUUGUUUUUUCGAAAUUAAAUUUACUUGUACUGAUAAGGAUAACUAUAAAAAAUUAACUAAAGCCUUGCUUUUUUGGUAAAAAGAUAUAAUAUUUUUUUGGUAAUAGUUCAGAAAUAUAUAUUGAAAAACUCGAAUAACUACUUUUUUAAAAGCCAUGAAACUUUUUGAAUAUUUUUCACUGUCUCCCCUUCCCCUCGUUUCUUCGAGACCACAUUUCUGCUCAGAAAUUUUAAGAAACAAUAUUAUACACUACAUAUGUUUAUGUGCAUCGAGGUGAACGGGUUAAAAUAAACUAGCAUUAUAUUUUUUUAAUCGUUUAACAAUGCAAUUGUCUUCCCUUUUUUUUUAGAAUAAUUUACUGUAGGAAACACAUUUCCUUAUUGUUGAAUAUAUCAUGUAGUCUUAAUUUGCCGCUCUUUAUUAGUCACGGUAUUUGUACGUAUACUGUUGUAAAAAAAAGUUACUUACGCUGCACUAUAAUCAAAAUAUUGUAUUAUAACGAAAACACAAUAUGUAUAUUUUUAUUCUUACACCGAUAAAUAUCAAACACGUAAACUGAUUUCUUACAUUUUAAAAGCGUUUUGCCCGACGUUAUUUAUUUGUUUUGUUGCAUAAAAUUAUUGAAAUAAACGUGUUUACUUAAAAAAAACUACACACACACGCAGUUGUGUAUUCGACUUUUUUUUUUUAAUUCCUAAAACGCUUCUCGAUCGAUAUGAUGACCGAUCGUCCCGAGUGAACAUGUUUCGUUAUAAUAUAUUAAUAUUAUGUUACACGACAAAAAUAACAAACCUUGGUGUGGCGCUCUCUUACAGCAGCAAUAUUAUAUUAUUAUACAGAAUAUUAUUCAUUUUAGGUAUAUAUGUUUAGUGUGUACACAAACGAAAAAAUAUGACCGAGUAUCUAUAGUCAUUCUUUGUAUAAUACGCGUCAAUUAUCCACAGAGUAAACUAGUUUUAAAUUCCUUAUGCAGCAUCGCAUAGGUAUGCUUUUAGUGAAUCUGUAUAAUAUAUUAUUAGGCUAAGGGACUUCCAUCUCUAAAAGAACAUAAAAAUAUGCAUUAAAAUAUGUUCUAAAAAAAUUGUUGAGUAAAAUCGUUUAUUGACAUUGUAUACUAAAAACUUGAAACUAUUUACAACUUAUUUAUAUAUAUAUAUGUGUAUUUUUUGUAUUAUCACUAAUGGUAUUUACGUGAAAACUUUGUAUUUUGAGAUGAAUAAUUUGAGAGUUAUUGAUCAAAUUCCUUGUCUGUUAACUACAUCAAUUAUUAUUUUACGACAGUCCAUUCGACCAUGCUAUCGCACAUUAGUGCGUAUAAAUUUUAACAAUAUGUAAAUCGAAAAACAUGACCUUUAAUCGGAUAAGAUUAUAUAAGCACUUAAUAAUUAUAUAAGUAUUUAGCACUUAAAAGCUACACGCUUCUAAAAUAUGCUCUAGAAAAAAAAAAAAUGUCAAACACGUAAAUGUAUGCAAAAUAAAAUGUAAGAUUUAGAUUUUUUACACGAUGAACAAUAUUUAUGUUUGACUCUACUAAUUGUUUAAUCCCUCUUUAAAAUAUAAUACGCAAACGAUGCUGGAAGUCUCUAAUUCUAUAUAUGUAUUAUAUAGUUUCUAAACCUAUUAUCACGUUUACACGGAAUCGUUACUGCAUAUUAAGUUAAAAUUGCAUAUAAACACAAGUUUAACGCCCAUAACGUUAAUACAUAAUAUGAAAAUAGGUAGUACCACUGCAGGGCGCCCUUCUUCAUCGUACGUCUUUUUCAUGCUUUUAUUUUAUUUUAUUUUCAUUCACUAUCGUCACUUUUACUUGUUAUGUACACAAUAAGUAUUAUUUGUAUUUAUUUCAUAUUAUUUGUACAGUUGUAAAUUUCUUUCGCUCAGAUAAUAAAAAAUUAAAAAUUUUAACUCGUUUUAAAAUAUUUAAUACGUUUGUCAAAUCGAAUUAAACUCUAAAUCAAGUAUUGAGAAAUACGACGUGUAAACGAUAAGUGAGCUAGUAUUUAUGGCAAGAAUUUAAUAAAAAAAUUAUGUAUUUGAAUUAAUGUAUAGUUUAUAUUAUUUGAGUUUGAUCCCAAUAUUUGAGAUUAUAUAUAAACUCGCACAGGUGAACCAGGUACCUAACCUAACUAAAGAUUUUUACUGCGCAUUAAAGACUUUAUAUAAACUUAGUAUGUGUAAUGUACCUAAUGUUUGUUAUUAAUCGGUAAAGAAAAUGACGAUUUAUAUGCUACACCAACCAAUAAUAUGCGCGUCACGUCGUCACCUAUAACUAGAUAUAGGUAUACUAAUAUUCUAUUCGUUUCAGAAAAACAAAAAUAGCUCGUAUACCGUAAUAAUUACGUGGCAUAAACAUAUAGAUCGCCAGUAAUAUAUGUAUACAAUAAUAUUUUGUUGAUAAAACACAUAAUUUAAGUCAUUUUUUUUUUUUUUUUAGGCAAAAAUCAUCGUAAAAAAUGAACGUAUAUUUUCACAUAGUAAUAAUAUUAAUAAAUAUACGUUUUCUGACAGUUAAACUCAUUUUUACGACGGUUUUUUUUAUAUAUUUUUUAGAUAUUUGCAAAUGUUUUGUUACCUACUUAAUAGUAGGUAACCCAUUAUAUUCCUUGUUCGGAUUUAAGAUAAAUUUUUAUACAAACGUGUGCGUCAAAUGUCCUUGAAUCUGUAGGUAUAAUUUUUGUUUUAGUUUUUUAAUCUAAUAGGCACUAUAAUAAAAUACACAAGAGGGAGCGUCGUCACUAAAAUGUGUUGGCUCUAUCUCGUGUGUAUAAUAUAGCAACAAAGGUAUUCCGUAUUUGUACGUAUGCGACUCUUUUGUUGAGUUUAGUACAAGGGACUUAGUGUAUAUUUCAUAAAUAACCGUAUUUACUAUGGAUCACACGAAUGAUUUUGUUUAAUUUUUAUUUUUUAUCAAGUUUGAACUUAAUUUCUCUUAUUUCAACCAUUAAAACUAUAAAGAAACGAACAUAUAAAAAUAUAAUUAUUUGUAGGAUCCAUAAUAAAAAUACUCUUCUUUAUAAAAUGUAUAAUGGGUCCCUUGUCCUAAACUCAACCAGAGAGUCACAAUCGUAGAAAUUCAAAUUACCUCUGUUUCUAUAUUAAGCGCGAAAUAGACAAAGAGAAUAUAUUACGGUAACGAACGAGACCCCUUAAUGCAAUUUAAACGGUUUUCAAAUAAUAGUUCCAGUGGUGGAUCCAGACCUUAAUUUAGAUAUCAUUUAUGACAAUGAAAGUUGCUGUCUAUUUCACUACAAUACAAAAAAAAGCAUACUAUACUAUGGAGUUUGGGAAGGUCAAAUCACCCUAUCACCCUGUUGCCCUGGACCACCACGGAUUAGUUUUGUUCAUUUUUUAUCUCUACGUGUAUGAUCUCUUACAAACAAAUUUCUUCUUUCCACUUAACCACUUUAUCGUGCCCUUAUAUUAUAACCCGAAAUUAUGAAAGAAUAACUUAUUAUAUACAUACUUUUGAAAAGUGGUAUAGUUGAUAUGUCGGGGAAUUUUUGAUAACUUUUGAUUUUUAAUUUGCUAUUCGGUUGAAAAAUAAUUAAGUAUUAAAUAUGUCAAAAAUAUUGAAAAAUCGCCCAAAAAGUCAUUGAAUAUCUCGUUUUUCUUCUUCAGGUUAUUCUCAAUUAUUCAAUUAUGAAUCAUCUAUAAUUUGUAUUCGAUAAAUUCAGUUAGAAAAUUAAAUCUAAUAUUAUUAUACGGAUAUGCUGCAAUAAAAAUGCUCACAUCACGAGCACACUAAAAGGAUUACACAUUGGAAAGUUUACUUUAGUGUAUAUUAUUCGGUACCUAUAAAAAUAUAAUGUAUUUAAAUCUAUCAAGUUCAUACAAUAAAGCUUAGAUAAAUCGAAAGAUACCUAUGUACCUUGAAAUGGAUGCAUACAAUGUAAAAUAAAAUAUCAAAAUUGUGCAUAAUCGCAUCAAUAAGGUUCGAUCGAAUGUUAAUUAAAUAUUUCAAAUAAAUUAAAAUACUCAGUAUAUGGUACCUAUGAGUUGUUCACGUCGAGAAUUUCAUUGUUUUCCGUUAAACGAUAUCGAUAUACGAACAUGUACAAAACGUUGGUCUAUUGUUACCGUUUAACAAUCCGUAAAUAUUGAUGGUGUAUAUCGUACAAUUAGAAUAUACUGAUAGUUGUAAUUUUUUUUUCUGAUGUUUCUGUACGCUUCAAAGAAUUUAAUCUACACAAGGUCGAUCGAAUAGUUUUUGAUUCGCUAUGCAAUCAAUAAUAUUAUUUAAAGAAUAUCCAAAACACGAACGGUUUUUUUUUUUUUUUAGAAUUAUGGAAAUAUUAUUCUUGUUCAUAUACACAAACUUGUAUUUUUUAAAUUUAUCUCAGUGUAUUUUAUUCAAUUUAUUCAAACGAACGCCAAAUGAAUGAUGAUUCAUGAUUCGUCAUUCAAUAACGAAUCAAAAUUCUAAUCGAUAUUAUAAUUAUCUAUAUGAUAUGAAUUGUUGAUAAAAUAUUGUACAGAUUAAACACGCGCCUAAUGUAUGAAACGUAUUUGCUUGAACCAUCAGACCCGAUGAUGAUAAUAUUUCAACAUAAACAUUAUAAACCGAAAUCGAAAAAUAUUAUACAAGACUAUAUAAAAACCUAACUCCUACUCCUAAAAUUUCGUAACCAGUUUUACACGGAAACCGUAAUAAUAUAUUUUCUUUUUUUUAAUAUUUGCAUAUUAUAUUAUAUUGUAAUAUUUAUAUCGGCAGUAGACAAUUAAAAGCAAGAGUUUAAUAUUAAAAAUAAUAUAAAAAAAAAAAAAACUAUAAUUCGCUAAAUCGCCAGUCGAUUUUUCAUAAUGUCGCGAAGAAGAUGAUGACUACAAGGUGUUCAGUAUUAUAUUGUUGGCGUUCGGCAUUACAUAAUAAAAUCAAAUAUAAACCACAAUUCGUAGCUACCUACGUAGUCAUAAUAUUGUCUCAGCGCCUACCAGUUGUAGAGAUUGUAAACUAAUAGUUAUUAAAUUCUCUACGGUAUUUUGCAAUUUACACAAAUAAUCCCUAUAAAUUGUAUCCACCGUAUCUUCUACAGAUCAAUACAGAUCAACAGAUAUUUUAGAAUUAUAGCGAUGAAUUUACUAUUUUUCUUCUGAAUUAUUUCAUAUUUUAUUCGUACUUCAAAUUGAAAAAUAUGUAUUAUUAUAUUUGAAAAAUUUGGAUAACGCGCAAUAAUGUGUUAUUGAAAUUCGAUUUUUGUGCAAACCGCUCAAACGUUUACAAUAACUAUAUAUGAUAAUGCUCGAAUUAUGAACUGUUUAAAUCCGAGACGUUCGAGGACGUUUUCGAAUAAUUGUAUUCGAUGUUAAUACUUCGAUCCUUAUAUAUAAUAAUAAUAAUAAAAAAAAAUAAUACGAAUUAUAACUUGGGUUUUUUUCUGAUACAAGUACCAACUCGAUAGGAACUGUUCAACAGCUUCUGCGUAUUACUGUAUAUACUGGUUAUUGGCGGUAAUCUAUGAAUUUGAUCAGGUUCGAUGGAGAUAUUAAAACGCAUUUUACUAAACGUCUGUGUACCUCAAUACUGUAAUGACAGUGUUGAUCGCCGCAAGAGACCUUGUAAUAAUUAUUACAAACAUGGACUUUUCGGAGGCAUAUUAAAAAAAAAAAAAAAAAAAAAAAAAAAAACAACCGAAUGUAAACACCCCAUGCAUUUCGUCAAAGUCAUAUUUUCGGCUUACUACUACUGCAGUGACCAACUAUAGUGCCGACAUAGAUGUAUAGACAUCUGAUAUAGUGAUAUAUAUAUACGUGUCAAGGAUCAUACAAAACGUACGUUUGACGAUAUCCUUUAUUAGAGGUUAUUUUCGCCAAUUAUUUUAUGAACGAUAAUGUCAUACGCGCACCCGUAUAUUGUAGAUUUUCGUACGAUGGCGCGGAACGCUACAACAAUAGCACGUGUGGUUUGUCUAUUAGUCGACGAGUCCAUUAUUGUUUUGUUUUUUCUAAAACUAUAGUCGACCGAUUUCGCUGAAAAUUUCGGCGAUUCACGAUUCCGCAUACACCUUUACACAACACAAUUCGGCACAAAACUAAUUUGUGACGUUGCCGAUUGUAUUUUAAAAAUAUUAUUUUGGUUUUAACCCAAAUUCUAGAUUAUCUACAGUACAGAUUAUAGUCUACGCUCAACAAUGCACGUUUUAUCUGGACUCAUCAGUUACCCGUACGAUUACGUCCGUCGCGUAUUACGCGAUAUUUUGUGUUUUACUCUUUAUAAAUGUUGUUCCGUGCGAGUUUGUAAAUUGAAAUGAACAAUUCAGAAAUUCGAAUUAUCGUGUCAGAGAAAAAUAAAGAAUUAGCUGUUGCUAAUGGUUAUAAACAUAGCUUUGUCGGUGUUCGUAAACGCGAUCAACUUUUCAAGUGGCGCUGCUCUUCUGACAAAAAUUGCACCGCGUUUAUUUUAUAAUUUUUGACUCAUUUUAAUUAUUUAUUAUAAGGGAAAAAUUGAAAUUAUUUAAUUUUUAUUUUUUUAUUUAUUUAUUUAUAUAUUAUUAUAUAUAUUUUUUUACCAUAAAUGACGACGUCGCAACAAUUUUUAUACGGAAUCAGGUAGGUAAAAAGGUAUAUUGUGCGGAAUCUCGUGUCGCCCGAAAAUUUCACAGUCUGUUCAUAUAGUAGUUCCGGAGUUCCUUUAGAGAGCGCACGUUUGAAUGGGAAAUCCGAUCCCAUAUAUUCGUAUGGGAUAACGUCGUAAUAACGCAUUUUUCCUAAGAGCACCUUUUUUUUCGUUGUUGUUUAUUAUCGGUGUCCAUCGAUUACACGGGGAACCAUUUUCAUUAGGUGUAAUAAUCAAUUUGUUUCACGGGAAGAAAUGUCUUACUUUUUUUUUUUUUUUUAGUUCAUUACCCAUACGUGCAAGCGCAAAGCUGGUUAAUCAACAGUUAGUUCAAUAUAUAAUAUUACCGUCGAUUCGUUAAUUUGCGUAUUUAAAUGUAUUGGUUUUACUACAGUGUUUUUAUUUUUACGUAAAUAUAUAGAUUACAUUUCUCUGUAAAUCCUUCCUUCUCACUUCCCCGCUAAGACAAGUGGCAUACCCGUCAGUAGUAUCGAUUCUUUUUUUUUUUUGAUUUGACCGCAACGAACUAUUGUUUACACUACGGUUGACGACCCGCGACACGUGGGCAUGAUAUGUUUUUUUCGAUAACACAGUGCAAUAUUAUAAUUUACAAUGUAUGAUAGCGGCUCUAAUGAGGUCACGGGCUUCGUGUUUUAGGACGCUGAAUAUAAAUAUGCGAGUAUACUCGUAUAUUAUUAUGCAGACUAAUAAAAAACGAAUAAAAUAUAUAGGAAAUACACCAGUUUCGAGAUUUAUCCGCGUAUAAAACAUUAUCCAUAGUUACAUAGUUGGUAUAUCCUUGAUCGGCGAUAGUCGACGAGCUUGCCACGCGUCUCUACUUCCAUAUUAAAAUCGUUUCAAACAUUUUAAAUGUUUAAAUAUAUACUUUAUAUAUAAUAUACUAUAUAAUAAUCACUAUACUGCGCUAUUAUUAGAGAAAUAGCAGAAUUUUAAUUCAAAAACGAUUAUGUACUAUAACUUAAAAUUACCGUUACAUACAUUACCGUUAUCGUGGCCUUACAAUCGUAUAGUAUACAAAUUAAUCGGAAAUUUGACUCGGGUGGAUAUGAAUAUCAUUUUUAUUGAUAUAUUUACACGGUCUUUUGAUUUGAUGGUUUGCAGAAAUUCGAACAUAUGUUAACUUUGUUAUUUGCUCUCAUUGUUUAAAAAAAUAAAAUAAAACAACACGGUUAGAUUGGGUUAGAUCCAUGCAUAACAAGUAGAGGUCUCAAUUGAAACGUGAGAAAGAUAAUAAGUACGCGAAAACGGAGUCCGUGUACACGUAAAUGUAAAAUUUGUACUCACGUACCUACACGAUUUUAUAGAUUCGAAUAUUAAUUUCACGCGAAAUACGUGAAUAUACGUGUACGCGUGAAAUAGGGAGUUCUAAUAAUAACAUUUUGUUCACAAUUAUUAAAAGUAACACGAUUUAUAGAUUAAUAGAAAUUAAAUGUCUCGUUCAGAAAAAGAAAACAGAUGCAAUAUUAUUCAUGUUUACGUAAUGGCGUAAAAAAGCAAUGCUAUAUCUACAGGUUUAAGUGAAAUACAGGUUAAUAUUAAUGGGAUUUUUAAUUCAAUUUUACAUGUAGUAAAUAUUUUACUGGUUAAAUUUGUUAUGUACAUAUUACAUUGCAGCUGAAUAACCCACCGAAUUUCCAGGGUUCCUUUCAUAAACAGAAAUCGAUAAAAGACAUUCGAUUAAACGUGUCUCUUCGUUUCCGACUUUAUCCCUAUCAUAGCCAAUCGUCAUCCGAUAAUUAAUUUUUUAAAAGGGUAUUUCCAUGACUGUGACGGACAAAUUAAAUAAUAAUAACCGAUUUUUCAUCCGUGUCGCCAAGGUAACUCAUAGAUCAACAACAAAAAAAAAAAAAAUCAAUUUUCGAAACGAAAAAUACCAAAGACCCUAUGUCAGCAGCCCUUUAUGUAUUGGAUUUCGAGAUACAAAGUAGAAAACGAUCUUUUUUUUUUUUUUUUGAAUGUCAGGCGUGCAAAUUUGCAUCUAAACCGGAAUGAAACCGUAGAUUUUUACAAUAGAAAAAACCAGUCAGCAAAUAUAUACAGAUAUAGAUUUCAAUUUUAUAUGUUUAUUGCUUAUAUAUAAUAUAAUGGUAAUUCAACACAGUAUUUUAUCCUGCAAUACACAAAUUAAUCUUACGUGGGUAUAUAAAUUGUUCUUGAAAACCGCAUACACUAACUACUUAUUAUCAUAAUAUCGAAUUCCUAUCGCAAUAAAAAAUACAUUUUCAAUGCAAUAAAAAAAAAAAAUCUUUGUAUUAUAUAAAUAUAUUAUUAAAGGAAUGCUUGAGAAAAAAGCAAAAAGUAAAAAUGCAUUUUAUAUACUACAUAUAUGACUUGUUUAUUCAAGGUUGGUCUAAAAAUAUAAUAGGGUAGUAAAUCGUUUCCGGAUGACCGUGAAAUUUCAGAACUGUGAUUUCCACAAGUUACGUAUUAAAUUUUAUAAAAAUAGUGUUACAAAAUCCGUUCAAAUGAGUAGGUUUAGGUUUUCUAAAGUCCAAAAAAAAAAAUAAAAAAAAAAUGAACAAAUACCUAUUGUAAAACAAUAUUAUAAUAAACGAAACAGAAAAUAACGAAAUUGACUAAAUCAAAAAUCUAUAGCACAAUAAUAUUAUUUGUUAAGCAGUGGCAAAUUCAGGAAAGGUGAUAUGAGUGAUAUUCCACCAUGGCCCCACUCCCAAAAAAAAAAAAAAACACUUUGAUAUAGUAUGAUUUUUUUCUCUUGUAUUGUGGUCAAAUAUAUUCCAAGUUGUAUUGUUAUAAAUGGGUUCCCCUCCAAUAAUUAAGGUCUUGAUCCACCACUGUUGUUAAAUCUAAUAGAAAAUCUGUGUAAAUUCAAUUUAUUUAAAAUUGUAUUUUUCUUAGUAUACAAAUUUCGGGUCAUAGGUCACUUAUGGCACCUACUUCGUGAUGCAAUAUGUGUGUAAACGAUAAGAAUCUACAAUAGCGUGUUAAACCUAAAUACGAGUUCAAGGGCCCGAGAAUUUGUUUCAGGUUCGACCGGAACACUGCUAUAUAAUAUGGUAAACUGAUAAUAAUAGAGAUAAGAAUAACCUUCAUACUGAAAUGUUGUAUAAAAAUUAAUUCUAUGUAUUCAAAGUUGACAACACGCCGUUUAUGUCUGUAUAAUCCAAAACAGUUUAUAAAUAAUACGUUUCGUUCGUCUAUUAUAGUACCGUAGCAAUUCAUUUAAAACGGCUGAAAUGUCGAUAAAAUUAAAAUUAACUAUUUUAACACUUUCCAUAGGUACCUAUUUAAUAUUGUAGGCUAUUUAUUUAAUGGUUCUGAUGUAUCGAUAUAUUGGUAUCACCAUGAUCAUAUUAUAGUCACUAUACCCAAUGUAACAUGGAAACUGAUCGUAUUUCAUUUUUGAUAGUAAUUUCAUCUGAAUAUCCUAUUUCUUAAACAAAUAUCGUGUUUUUCCAUCUUCAAAUAAUCCAAACUGAAAAAAAAAAAUAUAAAUAUGCAAACAAAUUGCAUUUUCACAAGAACAUUUACCAUAUAUUAUAAAGUACGUUUAUGAUUCAUUCACCUUGGUACCCAGCUAGUAAUUAUACUCCCCGCCACUCAAUAUCCGAAUAAAAUUAUUUGUCAAUUUAAAUAAUUUGUUUGUAUUAUUGUGAUUUUACAUUCACUCCAAAGCUCAGCUAUAGUCACUCGAGCGAAUGUUUAGAUAAUCAAUUUAAAAUAUAGUAUAGGACCUUUACCUUUAUCUAUUAAAGAGAAAGGGAGAAUAAACUAAGAAUAAAUCGAUUGAAUUUUUUUUCUCGACGUGUUGAACAAAUAAAUUUCAAAUUAAAUUGUUACAUUCUGAGAGUACAUAUGUUUAAAUUAAAUUACCCUAUUUAUCUUACCUUCACAACUUCCUACCUAAAGACUACAACAGUGGUACACCUACGGUGCAAAGAACAAAACAAACUAAUAAUAAGCUUUUUAAAAAUACAAAAAUAAUUAUCACCUAAUCUAACCUAUACACAUUGACAAUAAUAAGAAGUAGGUAUAGCAUAAUACAAGUGUCAUGGAAAACGUGUAGUGGUUUAUACGAAAUAUAGCAAUGAACCUUUCUCUAAAGUCAUCAUAAUAUUUUAUCAAUCUGAUAAUUUUUUUUUUUCAACUAAAUUGAUUAUACACUUACGUUAUUAAAUUUAAUAAUUAUAUCAGAAUAAAUACAUUAUAAUAUCUAUUAGUUGUUACUCAAUUGUUCAAACAGUAUAACAUGUAUCCCAAAGGCAAACAUAGACAAAAUCUGCAAAAUUAUGCACAAAUUAAUAUCUUAUCUUAUUAACUAUCUUGUAAGUUAAUACGAUGAAGCCUAAGUGAAAUUUAGUUGUCUAUUGUUAAAUUUUACGUAAGAUGUUUUACAAAAAACCAUAAUAUCCGAUUGUAUUAUACCAUAAUGACUGAACCGUUCAGUUUUUCCCAUAUUUAUGAAUACAUUAUCGUAAUUUUUUUUUUCGCUUUCUCUUAUUAUCUACACUUAAUUUGUAUAUACGUACUAUAAUAUGACCACAUGUUAUUUGGACUUGCUCUGUAAAUAAAUAAAUAAAUAAAUCAAUACUAACUAAAUAUGUAGGUACAUAUAGAUAUUAUUAUUGUAAUUAAUUGAUACACGUUUAACCUUGGGUCCAUAUCCAUAUAAAAUAAUAUUUAUGUUACCUACACUGAAUUAAUAUGAUGUUAUACAUACAAAUUAAUAUUAGAUUACGUUAAUCCUUUUCGGAUUUAUUUAUAAUUAUUAAUGUAGUUAACUUUAUUUAACCGGAUAAUUACUAAUAGACGAUAGGUACCUGUAGUCCUUAUUAGAAGUAAAAUUAUACUAUAAUCGUAUAAUUCGUUGAGUUCGAUCUAAUAUCUAAUCUCUGAAUAAAAAAAUAAAAAAUAUAUUUUCUAACAAAUAAAUACCUACUGCAGUUGUCUUCAAAAUGAGGAUUUAGAUGAAAUAUUUUAUUACUCGCCGGACAAUAUAGGUAUUAGCAACCAAUUUGACUCCUGAAGUAUGCAGUCAUUAUCUCAGUUAUUUUUCUCAUUAUACUCAUACGCCAGUGCAGGUCAUAUCCAGAGUUAUUUUGUCCCCACUUUUGUGUAACAAUAUUCAAUUUAAUACACAAUUUGAUGAAUAUUAUUAAUUUUAUAUCAAUAAUAUCGGAAGCAUUUAACAAUGUACAUUACCACCUAUAAAACACGUAUGAAAUAUUAUUAUUCCUAUAUCAGUAUUCAAAAUACACGGGUAAAGAUAAUAUUAUAUUAAUUAUAGGCAUAAAAAAGUGUUUAGUCAUGCGCGAUCGUUUGAUUUCCUAUACGAGCUUAUUAAAUUAUAACGCUUAAAAAGUCAAUAACCCACAUUACCUAACGACCUACAUAUCUAACAAACAAAACAUAGAAAACUAAGAUAUUAAGACAAAUAAUUUCGUUCGAGCGGUUACCUUGUUAUUGUUAUUAUUGAAUUUCGACAGUUUUAUCGUAUUAUCGUAGAAAUUACGCGCCACCGUAUAAACCGCACAUUUAGGAGUCUCCGGAGCUCUUGAAUUCGCUUAAAUAGCCGCCGUCGUAUUUAACACGUACUAGUCGUUAAAAAAAAUUUCAAAUAAUCGUCAGCCAGUUUUAUAAUGAAACGGUAUUAGCACAUUGCGGUACUACUCCGGUCACUAGACUAUCAAUACUCCGUUCACAAUAAUAAUAAUAAUUGCAAUGCGUUUUAGCAGCUAUAUAUUAUAAUAUGUACAACCAAUAAAAAAAUGUGUAUUAUUUUGGUACCACUCGUUCUUGACACCAACCCCAUUUCACACUCCCUCACCAAGUCAAUCUACGUCCGACCAACCGAAAUAAUAAUUUCGUGUUACCAUUCGAAUAAAAUGUGCCAUAAGUACCUAUAUAAAUUCCAGCCGUUUAAUGCACUGCAAUCGUUCGCUAAAUCGCUUUACAUAUCGCGUCCGAGUUUGGAAUUAUUCCAAAUUAUGGAAUCAUGGAACCUUUCGUAAUAAUAUUAUUCAGCACACGCAGCCUUAGGAACAUAUAAUACGUAAAAAAAAUAAAAAAAAAAAAAUAGAGUAUGUAUACGAAACAUCAUAUAUUCGAAUUUAUACGUUAUAUUGUUGCGUUACACAAACAUACUGAUAGGUAGGUAUAGGUAAUAAUUAUGCGAGCGAACGAACGAAAUUACGCGCAACUCGCCGUCAUCGACCUAAUAAUAAUAUCGUAUCGGUUUAUUAUUAUCAGUCUGUAAAUUAUUAUUUUUUUAUUCAUAUUUUCGAACGAGUAUAGCCACUGAACCGUGAGCACUUACUCAUGUACCUAUAACCCAUACAACCUAAACGCACAUGCAUACUACGAGUAUCGGAGUAUAUUGGCGUUUAAUAUUAGGUAUUUUUUAUAGGAUUAUAAAUUUCGCAUUGUGCACGUCUGCGCAAUAUACUAAGUUGGUUUGUGUUCAAACAGUCAUCACAGGGGUCAUACAUAACGAAGAUAACGUCUUACUAUCACGUUUUGAUAAGAAAAAAAAACACAGUAUAAUUGUUUAAAUAUAUACAAAAUAUUAUGAUAAUAUUAUAUAAAAAUAGGUACCGGGUUUGGUUAGUGUAUAGUAUACUUAACACAUUGCAACCUACGCAUCCUAUAUAGUAUAUAUUAUAUAUACUUUUCGAUUUCGAUUUUUUUUUUCUUUUCGUCGUUAUUACUAUCGCCGUUGCACACAUUCGCCCGUAAUAAUAAUAUAAUAUAAAAUCGCUUAAUAUUCGCAUGACCCACAUAAAAUAACAUAAUCUACUGCGGCGGUUUCCUGAUACGAGGCAGAUCUUGGAUGCAGGUCGACGUACCUAUAUUGUAGCCGCAACUGAUGUAACACACGCACACACACACACGCACACACACACACACACACACACACACGCACACGCUAAUGCUACCUAACUAUAGCCAAGUUUGCGUAUAGUUUAAGUUUUUGUAUAUAUGUGUGUAUAGCCGAUGUGUUAUAGGUUAGGUACAGUGCGCGCAGCCGGUCAGACUGGUGAUCCGAGUUGGUUAUGCGUGUAACAAAAAAAAUAAUAAAAAUUUUUAAAACGAUUUUACUUGUUUUAUUAUUUAUUUUUUAUUUUUAUUUCACGGGCUAUAAGUCACGUUCUGCGGCCGCGCGCGUACGUACCUACCUAUAUUAUGAUGCGGGACCGCAAGAAAAAGAAAUUAUAAUAUAGGUAGGUACCUAUACUUAUACUUUUCGUGUACGAGAGUAGUUGUGUUUACCGGUUAGCGACAGACUUCGUACAUACUUACCUACGAAAAAUACGCGGAGAACGUUCGGAAUACCCCCCCCCCCCCCCCCCCCCCCNCCCCCCCCGUCCCCCCACAAUAAUAUGUGAUAUGUGCGCUGUGACCGUCGUAGAGCGAACUGAAAUAUAGACGAAAAAAAAAAAUAAAUAAAUAAAUAAUGAUAGUAAAAAACAUAUACUUAAUUUUACAACUAUUAUACUAGACUCUUAUCGGAUCGCGGGGAGCUGUUGGGCAACGCGGACGAUAUUAUACGCGGUCGUAGCUCGCGGAAUAAACGCGGCCAAGUGAUAGUGAAAGUGCUACUAUACCUAAUCAUAAUAAUAAUAAUAUAAUACGCGACCGUUAACCGUGCGGCAUCUCCGAGUCCUCCGACCAUCAUAAUAUUAUGUUAUGACGUGUACGUGUUUUUUUUUUUUAAUUUUAUCAAUUUUUGUAACUCGCGCAGAUUAUAGGCGCAGGUAAAUUAAUAAUAAUUAUUACUCGCUUAUACGGUACCAAUAGCGCUGCCGCGCCGUCAGCCAAAACUCCUUUAUACGCUACAUACCCGCUAUAACGGAUUACUAUUAAUAUUAAUCCCACCGCUCGAAUGUCAAAUUAUAAUGAAAAAAAAAAACAAACAUUUUCACGAUUUUGUCAUGAUUAGCGGUUAUUCGACGGUUAGGCGAAAUAUUAUAUUUAAAUACAGCGUGUCUAAAAGCGCGUAUAAUAUUAUACUCUAUAUAGGUACCUGAUCUAUAAUGAUAUAUACUAUAAAGUCACCUAAAAAAAAAAAAAAAUGGUUAAAAAUAUAUAUUUUCAACAAACUUUUAGACAAAUGUUAUCACAUAUUAUGUGUUAUUUUACUGUAAUCUAAUAAAAUAAUAAACAAAUAUUUUAGGCUUGAAAAAUAGAGAGUAGUACUUGGGGAAUGGGACUAUGUUUAAGUAGAAGUAAUACAGAGUAUGAGUUUGGAGGAACGGGACAAUGACAGAUAACGAUAAUAAGCAGUUGUAGGCGAGAUUAAGAGUUUUAUGUACCUAGAAUCUUUUGUACAAAAGAACGAUGGCUGCGAAACAUAAGAUUACGUGUUGUCGGAUAAAUUGGAUAGAAGUAUCAGGUAUUUUAUGUUUCACGUGACAAAGGAAUUUUAGUUAAGUUAAGUUCCACAGAAGUGUAUUAAGACGACUAUGUUGUAUGGUUCGGAGUGUUGAGCGGUAGACAGAAAAAUAUAACAGAGAAUAUGUGUAGCAGAGAUAAUGCUUAGGCGGACGAGUGGAGUGACGAGAGAAAAUAGGAUAAGGGAUGGGUACAUUAGAGGUGGCUUAGGCAUGGCUUCGAUAGUAGAUAAAAUGAAAGGAAAUAAACAUCUCAAUUUAUUUGUUUGCUCAAAUUAUUUCAUGUUAAGCAUAUCACGGGGAAAAAAGGAUCAGUAUGCUGAAGCAUUGUACUAAAAAUAAACUCAGGAGGAAAUAGGUAGAGAGUAAAACUGAAAAAUAAAUGGUUGGAUGUGAUUGAGAAUGAUAUGUAAUGUAUGUGAGGUGGAAUAUCUGGUCAGUUGGAAUUUUAGAACAAGAGUGGCUAACCUCAGUUAGGAUUAAGGCGAUAGAGAAGAAUAAAUAGAAUUUUACCAAAUAAUUUGUUUUCGGUGAGUCAGUCAUCAAAUGUUUCACUUUAACCAGUCAAUUUUUUUAACCAACUUUAAAUGGUAGAUAAUUUAUGAGAUAUAAAACAAUUUUCUAAAAAAAAAUAGAACAAAAUGUAAUAAAAAAGAGAAAAUAGAGAUAGAAAAAUGUAUUUUUUAUUUUCGAAAAUAGAUUCUUAAAAAAAAAAAAAAUUGCUAUUUAAAAAAGUAAUUAUAUUGCGCAACGGUCCUAAAAUUGAUUUAUCCUAAAGUAUGUAUUUCAAUACCCCUUAUUACCGUCUAAAAACGAAAUUCAAGGUCGUCAGGCCGAAAUAUUUAGUGUCACUUGAGAACGUGAAAACACUGUUUAUUAUAGGUACCUACUGCAGAGAAGAAACCUGUUGGGACUCAUUAUUAUUAUUAUUAUUAUUUUUUAAUAAAUUUACUUAAUAUUAUUAUUACUCUAUAAUAAAAAUAGUAUGAAAUUCUCGGGAUAUUUUUGUCGUAAUGAGAAACAAACUUAACUGCAAUAAUUUAGAAUAUAGUUAGUAUAGUAGCUGCAGGUAACCUAAAUAAUAAUAAUAUAAUUAAUGCAAUUAUGAUGUGUGGGUACAUAUUUAAAAAAAAAAAAUUGUACGAUUAAUGUCAAAGUAUUAUGGCGUGUGAACGCGUAAUAACCCUACAGAUAAGUAUACUUACUUGGUAGUUAAUUAGUUACUAAGUUACCUUUACUAUAGAUGGGUAGCGCAUUUCUUUGUAGGAUUUACAUACCCGUUGUGCUGCAAUAUUAAAUGUGAGGCGUGUUUUGGCAAUAUAGUUUUCGGUGAACGGUUGUUUUCUGUUGUUAAAGCUACUUGGCUGCAAUGCCACCAAAACGAUUUGUUUACUGUACAGUAUUUUGCCAAUGGUUAACCGAACCAUAUAACCGUAGACAGCGUAAACGUAGACAAUCCGAUUGUCAAAAAGAUAAUUUAAUUGUCAAACAAUUACAAUGUGAAAAAUAUUACCAAAACAGUUUGUUGCUUAACCAGGUUUUUCAAAACAGCAUCGUCAAAAUACGUAUUUUAUAAAACAUUUAAAACCAUCAUUGGUCCCCGUUACUAAGGGAGUCGAUCGAGGGUAUAGGUACACAGGAAUUUUUUUUUUUUUUUUUUUAUCGUCGAAACAUGAAAAAUAGUUCCACGGUGGUAUUGCGUUGUGUUUUAACUAUUGCAACAAUACAAUAUACGAUAUUUUAGUUUAUGAACAAGCAUCAGAGUAUCGGAACAUUUGUGUUUGAAAUUGUUCGAUUUCGGUUAAGGUAUAUUGGGAAAUACCGAAAAACGCGAUUUUUAACCGGUUUUGAGUCCUGAAUUAAGUAUUUAACUUUGCACAUUGAUAACAUAAUAAUAAUGUGCUAUAUAUAUUUUAAUUUUUUAAAUAACUCCUAUUAUAAUAUUAUUAUAAAAUUAUGAUAAAAAAAAAAAAUAUCACUCUUUUCACUUCGCUAUUUGUAUGAAAAAUGUAUUUUUAUAAUAGUUACUAAAACAAGUUUUGAAUAUAUUAUUCUACAGCAAUGUACAUUGUACAGGAAACUAACGUUCAUUAGUCAUAAUAAUAAUUGCAAAUCUAAAUUUUUUUUUUUUUUUUUUUAAAGAGAAACAUUUAAUAUUACUUAUAAUAUGCAUUACAGUAAUCAGCAAGUAGAUUUGUUUGUGCAGUAAAUUAGUUAUUCACUGAACCGAAACGAAUUUUCUGAAAAUAUAUUUUGUAAAAUUAUAAACUGAAUACAUAAAAUAUUCACUGCAGAGCGCAUAAAUCCGUGUAUAAAAGUGAUUACAAUUGAAUAUAUGUACUUACAAAUACUGAAAUAUUUCUAGUAGAUAAAUUAUUAAUAAUUAAUUAGGUGCAAGUAUUUUUUGAUUAUAUACAUUUUUACGGAAUACCGCGGAGAUUGGUAAUGCGGGGAAAUUCGUCUCAGUUCAAAUGAAUAACCGACUUACUGUAGGAACAUAUCCGCACUAUUUAUUAUUAAAAGCAUUGCAUUUAUUAUGACUUAUUUUUAUUUUCGAUACCACAUUUUAAUUAAUAAUGCAUUCAAAACAUGUUUUUAUAACUGCCAUGAAAAUAAAAUUAUCAAUUGGAGAAGUCAAAAGCGAUUUAUUUAUUAUUAUUUUUUUGUAAUCAUACUUUUCGAAUUGUUUGGUAUUCUUGAAGAAUGUACAAUUUUGUAAUUAUUGUCUUGAGAAUGGGAAUUUCGCUGAAAUUUUUACGUGUCCAAUAUUAUAAUAACAGAAAUACUACAGUAUGUGUUGGAUGAUUUUUAAUGGUGUUUAUUAAUAUACAUUUUUAUCUAUUUCGAUAGUAUAUUAAAAAUGUGUUGAUUCGCGUCAAGUUAAAAACAAAAACUCGUUACAAUCAUUAAAUAAACAGACCUUCAGAUUCUAUAUUGUAUAAUAUUAUUAUAGGAAAUCUUUAAACAAAAACACACCGAAAUAAAAAGAAAAAAAAAAAUAAUGAUUAAUAAAUAUUUUACUUUUAAAAAUAUGCAGAUUACAACAUAACAAUUGUGUUAAUACUCAUUAUAAAUAUGAGUAUUGGGUACUAACUAUACAUUUAUAAAACUAUACAUAACUAUACAUUUUCAAUUUCGUAAAAAUAUAUAAAAUUAUGAACAUAACAUGCUUUAAUGUUUCGAUGACCGUUUUACAUUUAAAUAAAAAUAAUAAUAAUAACAAUAAUAAUAAUAAUAAUUGUAACGCAUUAGAAUACGUACCUAUAGUUAAACUACUAUAUUAUCUAAAAAAUGCAUGUUGUCCGGGCUAUAAACUAAAUGACCGUGAUUCGACAGCGUAUUGCAUAAGUGAAAACGAGCUGAGGUCCUAAGUAUGGGGAUUUUGUCGCGUUUCCCGAGAGCGAAUUCACAAUCCGUAUUAUAAUAUAAUACACAAUAUGUAAAACAAUAAUAUACGUUUUUUUUCAUUUAAAGUUAAUACUUUACUAAUAAUAAUUACAGACCUCGUGUUUGCCUUCAAAUGUGAAUUGCCCUGGUACCUAUUAAAAUAGGUAAACUGAAUAUACGUGAAGUGUGGUCGAAUAUUAGAAGGGAGUUUUAUGUAGUGUCAAAAUGUUCAAAAUUAUUCUGAAAUACAACAUAACAUUUGUUAAUAAUUUGAAUAAUUAUAUAUUAAUAAAUUUGUAUGAGAAAUAAAUGACAGGUACAUGAAUAUAUAAUAUUAAUGAAUUCGGUUUAAUUGAAUAGAUAUAAAUAAUAUUAUAAUAGGUAACUACGAUUUUUUACUAUUAUCUACGUGAACUAGUUUAUUUGUUUUUUUUUUUUUUUAUGUAUUACAUUUUGGUGGUUAUCACUUCUACGAGUAAAUCGUAAUAACUUUCCAAAAAUAAUCAAAAAUUUACUCGAAUCGGCAAUUUAACUUCAAUAUAUCAUGUCAAGUGUUUAUAAAAAAAUGUUUUUACGCGACAAAAAUUAUUCUGAUGGAAAUGCAUGGGAUUGGAUACCGAUAUUUUCUUUCUCUGUCUAAUACACUUUAACAAACAUUUAAACCGAUUUUCCGCGGAAAUCAGUCCGAUUGAGGGAAGCGAUAAGAAUAAUUCCGAAAACAGUUUUUAAUUCAGUGUACACGAAACCGGUCCGGGCAUAAUUUUUUAAAUUUAAUUUUUGAUUUUUUUUUUUUUUUAAUAUAAUAUAUACUUGUACAGAUUUUAAAAUCUUCAAAUCAAAACUGUGGAAACGAAAUUCUAAAAUUUGAAAAAACCGACCAAUCUCGCGUGUACACUUCGCGCUGAAUGAAAAUCUGUUUUCAGAAUUUUUAUCGUUUCACUACACAUAGAUCGGACUGAUUGCCGGAAAAUAUAUCUAUAUCGUUACCCAGACUGCGUGUAAUUAUGCACCUAUAGGUUCAUUAUUUUAUAGUACAAUUAUUUUAGCGGCUCAUUGUGAUAAUUAUAGUGAUAAUCUUAACAUUAUCGUUAUACCAGAAUAUAUUAUACAUGUAUAAAUCAAAAAUCAAUUAAAUUGACGUCUAGGUACAGUUGCGAUAUUACCAUAAAUUAAUUACCUUCGUUCAAUUAUCGAUAAAUUAAAAACCCAGAGGGGGGAAAUUGUCCCGUCUUGCCUUUUCCUCCCUCGAGAUGCCCGCUAUAGUGAUACCGAAUUUAAAAAUAAUUAAAUGCCAGGACGCUAAACAAUUUGAUUUUAUUUAUUUAUUUAUACUGAUAAUAUUUAAAUACAUUCUAACCUAACCUAUACUGAAAAUAAGUAUAAACACAGGAAUAAAUUAGUCAUGUCUGCGUAUUAAGCUACCGAGAAUAAUUGACAGUUCAUAAAUAAUGGACACACGUAUUCAAAUUAUUUAUUUUUAAAUGUGUACGUCUGAAUAAUACAUUAAUAAAUUAUUAUAGCAAGUUAUUUUUAACUUCUGAGCGUUUGGUACCGUCGAGGUCAGGUAAUGUUUAGAGCUCAUUUUUUAUGGCGUCCCUAAAUAUUCUCUGGUUUUUUAUUUCAAAAGUAAUAAUCAUUAAAUGAUAACGGAAGUAAAAACCGAAAAUAACAUUAAGCACCAAUAAAUACUCAAAAUAAAGCACUGCCUGGGAUAGCUGAUAAUAUAUUAAUAUAUAAGUAGUGAGUAUAUGCAAAUAUUAUAUUGUGGUAGAUACUAGGUUGACGCAGACCUAAUGAUCAAACCAAAGCUCAAAUAAUAUCUAAAAUUUUGUAUUUAUUUUAUAGAAUAUAGCUAUAAAUUAUUAAUAAGUAUAGUAUAGUAUACUAUUUAUAAGAUCAUUUGUUCUAAUAUUGUUUUAGUAUAAUAUUUAUUCAAGAGGAUACUACACAUGCAUUUUGGUGUUUCCGUAUUACAAAUGCACGAUAUAGUUAAAACAUGCUUACGCAGACUACACAGAACUCGCUUAAUUUUUGUUUUAAAGUAAAAAUAACUAAAUCAAAAGAGACGAAUAUUCCGGAGGGCAAGUCGUUGCGUUUUUUUCUAUUUUCUCGAUUUUCUUCAAUUUACCCUUUAUAAAUAACGAGUUUUUCAACGUUUUUUUAAUUCACUAAAAUUUUAAGAGAAAAAAUAAUUUUCCUCUUGUUCUUCAGAAUAUUAUUCUCUAUUAAUUUCGUAAUAGGUGCUUUUACUCUAAAACCAAAACCAAGCGAAUUCUGUUUAGUCUGCGUAAGCAUGUUUUUAAUAAUCUUCUGUUUGUAACACGGAAACAACAAAUGCAUGUGUAACGUCCUCUUAAUACCUAUUAUAUUAUAAUGUGUUUUUUUAAUAUUAUACAGAUUCAAGAUAUUAAAUGUUAAUUUUAAUGUAAACAUAAAAAAAAUAAAUUCAAAUAUCGUUAAUAAUAAACAUAUAUAGUAUACAGUUGAACACAUUGCGUAUACUAUUUUACUAUAAUAAUAAAUUUUAAGUCGGUAACUUAAGAUUUAUUGUGUUUGAAUAAAAUAUUUUGUUAAUUUUUAUUACUUACAUUUAAUUUAACACGGUUUUAUCGAUUAGUGUAAAUCAUAUGAAUGUACAUACUAUAACCAGUAGCUAGUAGGUAUAGUGUAAUCAUGAUGACUAUAAAUGUUAAAUGAACGUUUUUAUCGAACCAAAUACCUUUACAAUAAUUUUUUUUUUUUGUCUGUUUGCAUAGAUUUAUCGUGAAAAAUGGAUCCCUUGGACGAUGUAGAAAAUAGCAAACAGCAUCAUCAUCUACUAAAAAGGCCGCCCGUCGACAUCGAAUUUUCCGAUUUAACGUACAGUGUACCCCAAGGUCAAAAUGGUGAGAAUAAGCUUUAAAAAUAUAUUAUUAUAUAGAAACCUAUAUACCUAUCUACCUAUUGACCUUUAUAACGAUAAUGUUGCCAAUCGGUAACUAUUUUAAAAAAAUCUCCUUGUGAAUAAUGUCAACUAAUAUCAUUAUAAGUAUAAUAAGUAAAUAUAAAAUAAUAUUCAUCGCAUGACAAGUUAAAUAUCUAUGCAUACACCCGUGACAAUAAUACAGUGCAAUUAUCGUAAAUUAACUAUCAUCAUAAAAUAUUAUAAAUACAUAAUAGAUGAUAAUAUUAUACUCGUAACAUAUUUUAAAAAAUUGGCACUUAACUCUUGUAAUGAUGAGUUUUUGAUUAACGUUAACCUUGUCUCAGUAAAUUUCAGGAAAAUAUCCAUUAGAUAUCACUUAUUAAUUACUGCAUGUUAAUAUUUUUACAUAAAUAUAACCUAUAAAAACAUUAUAAUUAUAUUAUCAUUGAUAUUAUUAGUUUUUGUUAUGAUGAUCCAUUAUUAUUAUUACCAUCACUGUUAAUGAAACGGUGUGUAUGAUGGGAAUAGAGAACUUAAAAUAUAACUUAUCUUGAAUUAGGUAUUCCUGAUGGUUUAUGAGAAAAAUAGGUAGUAGUAUUUUUUUAAAAUUUUUUUUUUAACAACCUAUUAUUACAAAUUUAAUAAAAUAAACAACUAAUACCUUAACUAAUUAACAACCAACCUAUUUAAUAAAUAGAUACUUUAAAAAAAAAAAACCAUAAUUUGGACGGUAACUUCAUACAGCAAAAUAAUUGGGUUACUUACACAAUAUUGAUUAUAAUUAUAAGACUGAUUCGAGUUUGAUAUCAUCUGCUAUGGUAACCGACUUAUCUAUGGUACGUUGGUACCCUAUUAUUUAAUUACCUAUAUUUUUUCUAUAAUUUCAAAUUGAAAUUAAAAUCUACCCCAAAUUAUAUCUAUUUAUAAAUAUACCUAUCGAAAAUAAAAAGAAUACGCUAAAAUCGUUACAUUACAAAUCGUUUACGCGAUCACAUAUGCAUGUAAGAUAUUUAGCGUUGAAGUUUUUUUUUUGAAUAUCAAUUUAUAUUACCAAUAGUAACUAUUGGCCUAUCUAGUAAAACUAUCUGCCUAUCUAACUAUAGUUAUUAAUUUUGAAACUCGUGAACAAGCAGAAUAUUAUAAACGAUACCUGCCUGCCUGUACCAAACGGAAUAAAGACAAUUAAUAUAAAUUGCCUAGUCCUUUCUCUUUCAGUCGGUUACCAAAAGGAAAGGUUUUGACAUAAUACUGUUCGUACACACUUAUUAAUAAUAUGCAGUAUGACAAAAAAAAAAAACAAUAUAAUAAUAAAUUAAAAUGUAAUAUCUUUUUAUUAAUUUGAAAAUAAAAGUCCAUUCGAGGAUUUUUUUUUUCUUUUGAAUCUAUUGCGUGGAUUCGUAUUUAUUAACGCCUAUACUAACGGCAAUAUUGACUCUUUGUUAACUUUCGUUAAUUAAAUUAUAUAUAAUAUAUAAAUUAAUAUUAUUAAUCGGACCGCACGAAUCUAGUUUUUUUUUUUUUCGAUUUUAUAGUUUUCAAUUAAAUUGUUUAAAUAUAAAACAUCCUAUUGUACCCGAAACAGAACGAUGCAUAUUAUAGGUAUACGCGAUUAGAAAACACAUUUAAAUUAUUGUAACUUGCUUUGCGGAUUCAAUGUUGAGGUUUCACAUGCAUACAUACAUACAUACAUACAUACAUACAUACAUACAUACAUACAUAAAUAUAUAUAUAUAUAUGCAUAGUAUUUGAACAAAUUGCGAACGAUACCUUCGGUUGUAUAAAAAGGACGAUGACCUCUUUAACGAAACUAGUUAUCCGUUGCUAAAUCGUAUACAAUAUACAGUGUGAGCAUUGAGUAAAUGCCCCAUAAUAAUAUACGAGUACCUAUACCUAUACACACGCGUCAUUAUAUUAUAUACGAUGCAAUAUUCGUAUGACGAAAACUAAUGAGAUUCGUUUUUAAUACAUUCGAAUACCUAUAUAUUUAUUAAAACGUAUACUGGGCAACCUAUUUAAUGUCCGUUAGUAAACUAUAUACAGUAUACGAGUGUAGCUUGUAAAAUAUCAUUCUAAUGCAAAACUCCACUGUUUUAUGUAGGCCUGUAUAACUAUUGUAUAGAUAUACACUCGAAAAACCGAUAUGGAUUAAAACCUGAACCUACUAAAUUAUAAUACUACACACGUUCGUCGAAGAAAAUUUUAAUGUUUUAUGUCGAAUUGCUUUUUUAUUAUUAUUAUUAUUAUUAUUAUUAUUUACUAUUUCUAAAGGUGAUUCGUCGGAUAUACAAAGGUCGCAAUUAAGUGGCGAUUUUAUCGAAUUAAUUACACGUUACCUGUGUAAUACAUUAUAUUAGUAAUUGAAGUCUAACUGUAUUGUUUUUAGCGUGUUAUUAAUAUUUUAGCUAUAAUGCAUUAUAGUUUGUUUAAAUUUUAAUGUUAAAGCUCGAAAUGAUAUUCAAUUACCAAACUUUUUCCGCCCGUUAUCGUAGUAUACAGUCACAAGUAAACAUCCAUGAUAAAUAUGGGUAUAAGUAGAUGUCUGAUUGAAAUUCAAGUACAAUAACAUUAAGUUUAUAAAGGGUUUUGUAUUAUACAAUAUUCUGAAUACUUAUAAAAAGUAUUUCACCCGUGCCUUCCAAUCACUAAUAUUUAAAUACCUACACUUUCACAGGAUCGAAGAUUAUUCUCCGGAGUGUAAGCGGCCUGUUCAGAUCCGGCGAACUGACCGCGAUUCUCGGGCCGUCCGGCGCCGGAAAAAGUACACUGAUCAAUUUGUUAGCCGGUUAUAGGUUGGUAUAUUGCGUAUUGAAUCUGUUACGAAUUAUUUUACCGCUGUGUAUGCCAUUUUCUCAACACGUGUUUUGUGGUUUGCCCGCAGAUGCGGCGACGCCGUGGGUUCCAUCAUGGUGAACAGUCGGCCGAGGGAGAUGAAGACGUUCCGAAAAAUGUGCCGGUACAUAAUGCAAGAAGAUCUUUUACAACCGUCGCUCACGGUAAUGGAGUCGAUGGAAAUAGCGGCGGAUUUAAAACUCGGUUAUACGAUAUCCAAAGAAGAUAAAACCAACACGGUAAUAUAAAUGACUGGUUUUGGCUUUCUUUGUUUGUAACACACAUUCACCAUGCAAUUCAGAUCGAUUUUCUGGCGGUCGGUCCGAUCGAUGUUACGAACCCAAACGAAUUUUGAUAGCCUAGUUAAAUUUAGUAUGAAUUGUGCUUGCAUGCGAUCGGUCUAGGGCAACUUUUUCGGUUUAACUCUAUUUCUUUUAUACAUAUAUUUUCAUAAUUGUUUGCAAAUUAACGACUAAGAUUCAAUAAAAGAAGUCUGGACCCUUAAUCUAAUAAUUUUCGUGAAAUAAUGUACGCGUACUUCGCAUACUUUUGGAAGAAGCGUACAUGGCGUACUUGACUUUAUCGUUGGUCUUUAUUCUGAGAAUUUCUUUUAUAAAGGCAUACUCCUUGGUUUGCUUUAGUGUUAUUAUUAGAGAUAUGAACUGAUAACUUAUAUAUAAAUGAAUUACUGCAACGUUUUUUUCAAACACGCGUUUGCUUACGCGAAAAUUGUUCAGAAAUUCUUCUUCUGAUAACCGAUGAACAGGUUGUUGACACGAAUAAGCGCUCGUUCAAUUCUUAAUUGUCUACUAUUUUCCCGACUUUCCCGUUCGUUGUAAUUUGUAAUGUUAUACAUUUAUUUAUUUUUGUAUAAAAACACAAUAUUAUUUAAUUAUUUAAUAGAAUAGAAUAUAAUAUACACAGUUUUAUAAUAAUAUAUACAAAUACGCUGAAUAUACCAAAUACGUCAUAAAUGGUAUACGUUGGGACGCUCGGAUAUUCUGGAUCUAGAUCUACACAUAAUAGACAAAUAAUGAAAAUGAAAAUCAGCGUUAAAAUAAAAACAUUUUGGUGGACAUUUAUUUCCGCCCCGUGGGCCGCUUAUUGCCUACCCCUGAUUUGUAUACAAUCUGAGACAAAUAAAAAUAAAAAUACAUUUCACCAUACACCAACACGAUAGAAAUACCGUAUUACCGGUUUUGAAAAAUAAUUAAAUUAUAAUAUGAUGGUAUAACCAUUGAGAUAGCAACUCGUUAAGAUAAUCAUAUCGAAAAUAUACACGAAAGUACGCACGAGUACGUCAAGUACGACACCUCCAGAUAUGUCGUAGUUGACGUAUUUUAAGGUAAGCCAAGUACUUUGGCGCUUUCUUUUUACUAAAUUCUCCUCUUAUCGCGUAUAGAAAAAUCGAUCGGGCUGAAAAUGCCAGAAAAUGUGUCUAAAUCGCUAUGCUGUUAAUGGGUUGGAAAAAUAAUGAAAAUAUCGGUAUAUCCAAUCCCCUUAAUCAAACGGUAAUAUAUCUUACUGUGGUCGUUAUUCAUUUCUAUGAUGCAGAUCAAAGACAUUAUUCAAAUGCUCCGUCUUACUGCGGCAAAUAACACACUAAUGGAAAAUUUAUCCGGCGGAGAAAAGAAACGGUUGUCUAUCGCUCUGGAACUCAUUAACAAUCCUCCUGUGAUAUUUUUAGACGAACCUACAACGUAAGUUUUUUAUUAUUAUUAUUAUUAGUCUAAUAGCAAAUUAUAACCUUCUCGAUUAACAUUAUAAACAUUUACAACGAUACCAUAAUUAAACGUCGGUAUAUAUAUACAUAUACCUAUUGUAUAAUACAAGCGUAAUAUUUUAAAUUUACGUGUCAAGGAUUCGUAAAAUAUUGUUGUUACGAGUAAGUAGGUAAUUUCCAAAAAUUAAUUAUUUAUAUUCGCGUACGUAUUUUGUCCUUCGUCUUAUUUUUAUAAUACUACCCAUACGCGCUUAUCACGGUUUAAAUAUGAAUGGUAAAUCAUAAUAAUAAUUAUAACGGUUUUCUUAGACCGAUGGUACGUAUUGGAAAUACGCUGCAAAAUUUAAAUUUUAAACAAUUUCUUAAAUUUCUUCUAUUGGCGUUUAUUUUCUCUUUCUUAAUCGAACGAACGACCAAUUUUAGAUUAAACGAAAAAGAGCGUUUAGUAUUUUUUCCAAUCCGUCCAAAAUCGCUAUAAUCGAGCAUUCAAGUGCGCGCAAUGUACCUACUGACAUCGUGUACAAUCAAUAAAAAAAAUAUAAUACUAAUAAACAAGAAAAUAAACAAUCGUCUUGAACAAUUUCACGGCGGUUUAUCGUAUUGAUAUUCUUAUCUGUAUUUUUCUCAGGGGCCUAGACGACUUAUCAAGUUCGCAGUGCAUAUCGUUACUUAGGGAUCUCGCACACGGUGGACGAACGAUUAUAUGUUCGAUACACACGCCUAGCGCCAGACUUUUUGCACUAUUCGAUCACAUUUAUGUGAUUGCCGACGGUCAGUGUAUGUUCGCCGGAGUCAGCCAAGACAUGGUUCCGUAUUUGUCCACUGUAGGAAUCAAUUGUCCUAAACACUUCAAUCCGGCUGAUUUCAGUAAGUACCUAUCAACACAAAGAAGAUAUGGACUGGACACGCAUGGAUAAAAAUCAGUCGAGAUAAAUGUAUAUGAAACGUAUUUUUCGUGAUUCUUAAUUAAAUCCGCUAGGCACCGACCUUAUCGUGAAAUAAGCGAUGAACAUCCGGAUAAGGAGCAACUAUCCGGCCAAGACAAUUUCUCCUCACCGUGAUGGCACUACCACCCACCCACCUUUGACAUGUCCAGUUCAUAUCUUCUUGGUUCGUGAUGCUUACCAACAAUACGGAUAUCACCGAUGACACGUGUAAAACAAUUAUUCUAAGUAUCAAUAUCGUUGUUUUUUUUUAUUAGUUAUCGAAGUCUGUAGUAAAGAGUACGGAGAUUAUACGGAUAAAUUGUCGACGGCCGUCGAAAACGGCAAGUGUUUGAGGUGGUCUCAAAAUAAUUCCAUUAAAAAAACGAUCGUACGUCGAGCUUCGCAGUACGAUGUACAAUCCAACCAUUUGUACGACUUCUCAAGCACGGGAUGGGCUCAAUUCACCACCCUCCUCAGACGAAUGGUGUUACAACACAAAAGAGAUAAGGUAAACAGUAGAAAACAUAUUACGGUUUAUUUUUUUUUUGUCAAAUUCUCCUCCCGAAAAUAGAGACUAUAUUAUUGUGUCUGUGUAAUGAUCAAAUUUUGUUUGAAUUUUACAUGGUGAAGUAUCAAGAAUGUUUCUUGAGAGUUUUAACCAUCGACUCCCUCUCCGAUCGUUUUUAUACUGAAAUUUCAUGUUUUAAAGAAAAUAUCGGGUCACUACAAAUUUAUAAAAAAAAAAAAAAAAAUAGGAGAAAUUUGACGCUUGAUCCUCUGUUGCUUGCGGGUGUUUUAUAUAUAUAUAUUUUUUUUUUUAUGUGAAAUGCUUUUUUAUAAUCACGUUAAUUAUUAUUUUUUUCCAGUCCUAUUUGUUUUUCAAACUGUUCAUGUACACGUUUAUGGGUCUCGUAGUCGGCGGUAUGUUUUAUCAAUUCGGAAAUGACGCCUCGUUGACGAUUUUCAAUUACGGUUUCAUAUUCAUCACGAUAAUCGUUUUUAUGUAUACGCCGCUCAUGCCGGUAUUAUUGAAAUGUAAAUUUUAAAACUUCUUGUAUACAUUAUAAUAAUAUAUUAUAAAUUGCAUAACUUACAAUUAUUGAUAUCAUACUUACUUGUAAUUUUGAACAUAGUUCCCAAAGAAGUGCAGCUAUUAAAACGUGAAUAUUUCAACCGGUGGUACGGUCUGAACGCGUAUUUUUGUGCGCUCACGUGUUCACAACUUCCGAUGCAGGUAAAAACUAUACACCGUUUCCAAAAAAUCAUAAAACAAAAUUCACAAUAUUAUAAUGUCCGUCUUAAUAUUAUUGUUAUUAUUUUUUUUUUUUUUUAGUUUAUUCUGUCGUUUGUAUAUAUAAUAAUCACUUAUUUAAUGACUGAUCAACCGUUGGAAUGGGAACGAGGAAUCAAAUUUUCCAUCGUGUGUCUAAUGGUUUCUUUAUCGUCCGAGAGCAUAGCUUACGCAGUUUCUUCUCAAUUCAACGUUACGGUAAGUUUUAUUUUAUAUCUAUAACCAUAAAAAGUUUUAAAUUAAUAUCCGAUUAUCAAUCGUAUAAUAAUAAAGACUAUAAUCUAACGAUAAUUCAUUAGAUCAGUGUUUCCUAGCCUGGGAAGCGCGCCCUUCUAGGGUGAGGGGGGACGUGAACACAUUGCGAGAGAGACGCAAACAGUCAUCAUGAAGUAAAAUUUGUAUUUAUUAAAUUAUUUUCAUUUUGCAACACAGGGAAAAAAUUAAAAAUUAAUAACGACCAGGGCGGGGCAGGGCCGUAUUAUAUACGAAUAUUAUAUUGUAUAGGAAUCCUAUAAAGGGGGGAGGUAUAGGAAAAAUAGGCUGGGAACCACUGCAUUAGACUUUACGAAUGAUUGUCUACGAAAAUCGACGUCACAGCUCGUCCUUCGCGAUAAUAAUGUUCGAUAUCGUGAUUGGUAACUAUUAGUACCUAGAGAACGAUAGCCAACUUAGCUGAUCAAUAUUUAAUGAAUCGCCAUUUCGUAUAAUAUAAGUACUCGGAUAGUGUGACCAAAGGGGGCUUUGUAAUCAAUGACAAAAUUACUACAAUUCACGCAAUAUACUGCAGUAAUACAUAUUGAUGCAUAGUGUAUUAUUCUAAUUACAUUUUAUAUUAUCGAAACAAAAUAUGUGUAAAAAAUUACUAAAUUUCGAUGGGAACUUUUAAAUGUUAACAAUACUAAUUGUACCUAUUAUAUUAAUGUAUAAAAUGACGGUAUUUUGAUAUAAAUAACAGGUCGAUCAACUACAGAAGGUAUUAUGCGGUUGGCCAUUAUAUUACAGUCUUACUAUUUAUUAUAUACUGUAGAGUCUAAAAGGGAGUCCUCAGCCCGUCGUGUCGUUUCGUUUCGUGUGAAAUACUCUUUUCUGAUUGGCUCAUAUUAUCACGGUAGAGACAUUUUAAUCGUAUCUAUCAAAAUGUUAUCGCGGCUACCGCAGAAUUGAAUAAAUUCAAUUUUUGGUCGUGCUGGCCGUAGCUGGUAAACUUAUAUCAAUUAGUACGAUCACAAAUCUACAGUAGAAUUAAAUUUAUUAUUGAUAACUACUAACGUUAUUAUUAUUAUUAUUAUUUUUUUUUUUUGCGUGUGUUUUUCAUUUUUUAAUCGUUGUUUAAUAAUUAAACUAAUGGGAAUUAUUAUUAACUAAUCAUUUAAUAAUUCAAUAUGAACUUUGUGAAGGUACCUAAUAAACGAAUUAAACUUACCUUGUAACUUAUACUUUUCUUCUAAUUCAACAAAAUAAUGUACGCUACCAAUACUUUAUAAUGGUAGAUUUGUUCAUUAUAACAAUUUCGUUUCAUAUUUGAUAAGCACAAAACAGACAACAAGACGGUGAAACAAUGAUGAAAAAAUAACAAUAAAUAUUCAUAAAUAAUAGGUAUAUAAUAUAAUAAUAAUAUUAAUAAUUUUAAGUAAAAUUUUAAAGUAAAUGGUGUUAGUGAGUGAUAAUGUAAGUUGGUAGAACGACGGGUAACGAAUUAUUUCAUGCAAUCAAAAAGGAACAUACCGUGUUAAAAACGUACGGAACGAAACGAUACAUGUUGAGGACUUCCCUUAAUAGAAUGUAUAAUAUUAUCUAUUUGGUUCUCGUCUAAAUCUAUAAUACUAUCGUAUCGUCUAUUAUCACUACUAGUAUGAAGACUGAAGACAGUAUCUAUUUCAGUAACAUUUUCGCGUAUCGUGUGCCUUUUACCGUAUUCCGAACAGCAUAGUUGUAAUCUUAGCGAUAUUCGGUAACCAAGACCUACCGACAUAUUAUGUCCAGACAGUUGGACUGAUUUCAACUUUUCUCUCGUUUGGGUCACAAACGGUCAGCUAAUUUUAAUUGUUAUCAGCGUAUAUAUCCUUGGACACGAACACGACACACGGUGACUUUGUAAAUCCUGCAACAUAUACCGGCACUAAAAUGCAUAUACCAUCGCGUACUCGAUAAUAAUAAUAAUAUUGCGUAUACCAUGUACCAGGUGAUCCAUUUAAGUACACUCACUAUCUCGGAAAGUAAUAACUUUUUCCGGAUUUUGUUUCCAUGAACAUUUAGGAAAUGAGCUGCACUAAAUUUCUAUAUUAAUGUUAUUUUUUGUCACUCUCAUUUUCGGGGGUAAGACUACUUUGACCUACCUUUGACAUUCAAAUGGCGACCUACAAUACAAAUGCCAUAAAUAGAAGGAGUAUUGGUUAAAAUUUUCGAUUUUUGUUGAUCCGUUGACGAGAUGUUCCACUUUUAAAUUUGGGUCGGAGGAGAGUAGCGGAGUAUCAUUUGUGUGGUGGUACGGCGCGUGGCGUGUUAAUAAUGCUUUAAUCAACAUCGAAAACGUGAAAAAAAACAUUAACGUUUUUUAACGAACACCCCGUCAAUUUUCGAUACACAGGUUUCCGUUUGAAAAUCAAAAGUAGGCAGUGGUUUUAUCCUCGAUAAUAAGGGCGACGAAAAACAACACGAAUGUAAAAUUGUAGAGCCGUUGUCGUUUUUUGAAUGUUCUCGAGAAAACAAACUCCCGGAAAAAGUCGGUACUUUCCGAGUGAACAACGGGUGUGCCCACUCGAACGGGACGCCCGCAGACGCCUGCGCUGUUAUGCCGCGCGUACCUGCAGGAAUGAUUGUCGCGGCUAUUGACGGCGAGCCUAAUGCCGUUUUUUCCGUUACAGAACAGCGUGUUCUUGGGACCGUGCGUCGCGUGUCCGAUGAUGCUCUUGGCUUCGUUCGGGCUGGGCUACGACGAGAACGAGAUACCGAGCUUGAUCAAGUUGGGCAUGAACUUCAGUUACCUGCGGCACGGGGUCGAGGCACUGGUCAUAGCCAUCUACGGCAACGGCCGGAAACAGCUCCAUUGCGGCGAAGGCGAACAGUACUGCGAACUCCGCUACCCGUCGGAGCUGUUGAAAACGGUCGGCAUGUCGACCGCCACGUACUGGGGAUCGCUGAGCAGUUUGUGCGCCAUGUUUGUGCUGUUCAAAGCGGCGUCGUUCGUGUUGCUCCGGCGGAGACUCAGCACCAAACCGUCGUUGCUGCUCAAGCUCGGCUUCGUCGGCCGCUUCAUCAAAACCCACUUCAACAUACCCCGCUGACGGGAUGAAAUAACGCGAGUUGUUUAACAAUAAAUACUAAUAUUAAUACGUAUUGCAUAGUUGUAUAAUAUUUAAGAGCGACGCGACAAUACGCUCGUGUUCCCGCCCGUCCAGAACUGUUGUAAUCCUAUUACAUCCGCGCAGGGCAACGGAAUUCGUUCGCCGGGGUAAACGAGACGACCGUCGAGGAAGUCGAGCGACAGUUUGCCGCGAUUUUGUCGACGCGUCUCCCAUCGCCCCGCCCCCACCCCCCCCACCCCACCCCCAACCACGCGAUGCCGCGCGUCACGGCGGUCCGGACCGUUAUUUUUGUACGCGGCACCGCCGCGGCGACAACCGUCGCAAGUCUGUGCAUACCGCGAGAGACAUUGAUAUUACGUAAAGGCGUCCGAUUUCCACGUUGUCCCGCGAGCGCGCGAUGUUUGCAUGACCGCUCCGCUAGCGCGCGCUCGCAUACGGAUCGCAUCAGGAUUCGCGUCUUGAUAUCGAAAUGUUUACAGGCAAUACGGGGACGAUAAUAUAAGCAUAUACAUAUAUUUAUAUAAUUAGGUACUAUUAUUAAGACGUAUACUUAUGAUGUUAUACUAUUAAAUAAAUUAUGUGUACAUUUUUAAAUAAAAUUUUACCAAGAAACAAUCAGCAUCGAUACGCGUGCGUAUUAUACAGCAGUUAGUUAUUGUAAACCCCGAACUCGCCUAAAACGAC